GUGAGCAUUUCUUUGCAACGUCAAGGUUAAUAUAAAUCUUCUUACUCAACCUUUCAGUGUUAUUAUAAUAAUAUGACGCGAAAACGCCGAUAGCUAUCGCAACGUAGCAUCUCUGAUAACAUAUCACAGGGUACAUACUUAGCAAGUAUACAUUUUAGCGCAUUAACUGCUGUGUAUGAAACCUGUAUCAAUUCACUGCGAGAGUAUUGGUGUAAAUUAAAUCGCAAUAAUUAUGUAGUGUCUCAAAAUGGCUUUUUGGAUCCUGUUUUGCAGUUUGGUGGUGAUGUCGGCGGCUCAUAUUGGUGACUUUGAAGAUGAUUGUCCAUCAUAUUGCGUCGGCGAGCCAUAUCAAUGUAUAAACGGACAUUGCUACUGCGCCAGUGGGUAUAUGCCGAACCUGUACCAAACACAAUGCGUGAAAUGCCCAGGCUUAGGAGAACCCUGCUUUGGCCUGUGCUGUAGUCAGAACAUGACUCUACAAUGUUGGCAUGGUAUAUGCCAAUCAUGCUACGGUCCAAAUGGAAACUGGAUUUGCAGAGACCCAGCUGACCAAAUUAUUCUAAUAUCCGGAACUCAGAUCAUAAUGGCAUCAGCUUUGGUUUUGGGAAUAAUUGCCACAUUCAUACUGUUAUACAAACUAUGUGCUGCUACAACGAUCAGUCCUGUAGGAAGAAGUGGCUCAAAUGGAGGCAGUAGAUUGUCCGUGGGAAGCUUACAAAUAUAUGUUGACGAGAGAUUAAGGGAUGCACCACCGAGAUACACAAGAUCGGAAUCAUCAAGGGCUCCAAUGUAUCCCGCUGCCAUUUACCUAAACUCCGGUUUUGUCCAUGAUAACACGAUUCCUCCUCCGCCGUACACACCUGAAAGAAAGGACGAGAACACUCAAAACGCAACGGUUCAUAUAUAAAAGAUACUGAUUGAUGAUAGAAUAAAAUAUGUUUUUUAUUAUUUUA